UUCACUUAUAAGACUUUUUUGUAGAUGAAGUUCCAUUGAAAGAAACAGAAGAAGGAAGAAUGAGAGAAGAAAAACUGAAAAAAGUGAAAGCUAUAGAGAAAGAUGAAGUAGAUUUGAUCAGCGAUCUUCCUGAUGUACUUGUAGCAUGUAUCAUUUCUUUACUACCAGGCAUGGAAAUUGUGAGAACAAGUGUUCUUUCACACCGUUGGAAAACAAUGUGGAAGUACUCUUCUCACCUUAGUUUUGAUCAAAAACAAAUGUUGAAGUCUUGGAUUGAAUUUUACAUUCAAAAUUCUAACUCAAGCUCACGCAUUGCUAUGGCUAUGCGUCGUAAGAUAGAUCCUAAAGCAGAGGAAUUAAUGGAUACAAUUUCUGAAGCAGCUAUAUUGAUUAAAUCAAUUAUGGAGAAUCACAUUGGUCCAUUGAAAAGUUGUAGCAUUCAACAUUUACCAGAGAGUUGUGCAAGUGGAGACGCUGUGGAGUGGAUGAAGAAACUAUUGAAUUUAGGGGUUAUAAAGGUUUCAAUGGAACUUGAAUUGCGUUAUUAUCUUCAUGAAAUAACUGAUUCUGAUUUAAGAAAAGCUGGACGAACUCUCGAUUUGCCUUUUGAGAUUUUCUCUAAUUUCGAGAUUAUUGAAUUGAAAAACUAUCAUUUUACAACUAUACCCUUUCCUAAUCCCUCACAGGUUUUGAAAACUCUUAUUCUUAACAAUGUGCGUAUUAUAUCAAACAAUUUUCAAGGGAUUCUUUCUCAUUGUUCUUCUCUUGAAGAUCUCAUUUUGGACCAAUGUAAAUUCUUUGAAGACGAACUUAAGAUUGAUAGUCCAAGUCUCAAAUAUGUUAAAAUGUAUAAUUUAAACAUCCGUAAGAUUUUGGUUUUUGCAGCUAACGUUGAAGUUAUAGAGAUUGACUCUGUUAUUUGUAAUCAUAAAGAUCUAGUUUUACAGCCCCCAAAACUUAGUGUUCUACGUGCUUACAAUGAUGUGAAUAGUUUUGGGAGAGGUUUUUAUCAAAAUGGAAAUAAGCUUUUGACAUCAACAAAUAUUAUUGAAAUUUGUGGUGGCCUUUUGCGUCGUCAUCGUGGUUCAAUCACGGGAAGUAUAUUCGACAAUUUGAUUACCCUUUCUCUCGAUUUAGCUUUGACAAAUAUUAGAUGUAUGGUCGCUAUUUCUUCUGCACUGGAGUCUUGUCAUAAACUAAAGAAUCUUCAAAUAAAUAAUCAGGUCAAUUCAGAUUACAAUGAUGACACACAUGAUUAUAAUAAAAAUAAUUUUCUGCCUUACCCUGGAGUCUUGUUUUGGCAAAGAAGAGAUCCAAGUCAGUGUACCAGUCACCAACUAAAAUCACUUUGUAUAAAGGGAUAUAGAAGUGGAGAGUUUGAAGUUGAAUUUGUUAAACACUUUAUAUUAAAUGGUGGUGUUAUAGAGAAGAUUAUCAUUUGGUUUGUGGAUCAUUGCUCGUGGGAUCAAGUUGUAGCAACUAAAUGCUUGCUAUCAUUUCCAAAGCUAUCUCCCAAAUUGUUUAUUGAUUUGAAACCUGGACCAGAGUUUAUGAGAAAAGAUGGUGGUGAUUUUGAAAAAUGGCUCAAAAGCUUAAUAUGAAGUGUUUGUUGGUGACAAAAAUGUGUUUUUGUUAUGGUUAAUCUUGGGGUAUGAAACUUUCUAAAUUACUAUUAGACUUGUGUUUAUUCUAGUUAGACAAUUUUAUUUUGUUUUUCAAAAUAAACAAGUUAUUCAGUUGGAUAUAAAAUUGCCUAUAUCAUAUAUAUGCACCAACUUUUAUGCUCAUAUUGAACAUUAUUUUAUUUGUACAAGGCUAUGAGAGCACCAUGCUUCAAAUUACAAUCCUUUUAUAGACUUCACAUAGGA